GCCGUGGCCGAGGCCAUGUUCCCCGUGUUCCCUUGCACGCUGCUGGCCACCCCCCACCCCCGCUUCCCCGUGCUGGGCCUGGACUCCCGGGGGGUGGGCGGCCUCAUGAACUCCUUCCCGCCACCUCAGGGUCACGCCCAGAACCCCCUGCAGGUCCGGGCUGAGCUCCAGUCCCGCUUCUUUGCCUCCCAGGGCUGCGCCCAGAGUCCAUUCCGGGCCGCGCCGGCGCCCCCACCCACGUCCCAGGCCCCGGCGGCCGAGCCCCUCCAGGUGGACUUGCUCCCGGUUCUUGCCGCCGCCCAGGAGUCCGCCGCCGCGGCCCCCGCCACCGUUGCUGCUGCGCCCCCGGCCCCGGCCGCCGCCUCCACUGUGGACACAGCGGCUCUGAAGCAGCCCCCGGCGCCCCCUCCGCCGCCCCCUCCGGGGUCGCCCGCCGCUGAGGCCGCGCCCCCUGUCUCUGCCGCCACCAUCGCCGCAGCCGCGGCCACCGCCCUCAUCGCCCCAACCUCGACGGUCGCAUCUGCCUUGGAGAAGAAGACAAAGAGCAAGGGGCCCUACAUCUGUGCCCUGUGCGCCCAGGAGCUCAAGAACGGCUACAAUCUCCGGAGGCACGAGGCCAUCCACACGGCAGCCAAAGCCGGCCGGGUCCCUUCGGGUGCUAUGAAGAUGCCCACCAUGGUGCCCCUGAGCCGCCUGAGCGUGCCCCAGCUGAGCGGAGCCGGCGGGGGAGGGCGAGAAGCGGGUGCCGGCGGCGGAGCGGCCGCCGUGGCCGCCGGUGGCGUGGUGACCACGACCGCCUCGGGCAAGCGCAUCCGGAAGAACCACGCCUGCGAGAUGUGCGGCAAGGCGUCCCGCGGCGUCUACCACCGGAACCGACACAAGCUGUCGCACUCGGACGAGAAGCCCUACCAGUGCCCGGUGUGCCAGCGGCGCUUCAAGCGCAAGGACCGCAUGAGCUACCACGUGCGCUCACGUGACGGCGCUGUGCACAAGCCCUACAACUGCUCCCACUGUGGCAAGAGCUUCUCCCGGCCGGCUCACCUCAACGGUCACGUCAGACAAGUGCCCUCAACAGAACGGCCCUUCAAGUGUGAGAAAUGUGAAGCAGCUUUUGCUACGAAGGAUCGGCUGCGGGCCCACACAGUACGACACGAGGAGAAGGUGCCAUGUCACGGGUGUGGCAAGAUGUUGAGCUCGGCUUAUAUUUCGGACCACAUGAAGGUGCACAGCCAGGGCCCUCACCAUGUCUGUGAGCUCUGCAACAAAGGUACAGGUGACGUCUGUCCAAUGGCGGCAGCGGCGGCGGCAGCCCCUCCCGCAGCUGUGGGCUCCCUCUCGGGGGCCGAGGGGGUGCCUGUGAGCUCUCAGCCACUUCCCUCCCAGCCCUGGUGAGCUCCAAGUUGGUGGGGGGGAGAGGGGAGAGUGGAGGAAAGUCCCUUGGUACCAUCUCCUCUUACCCUCUCUCUUCCCACCAAUUCCUCACUAUUUCCCCCAUCAACCAAGGAGCCUCCAGAAGGAAAGGAGGAAGAAGUGUUUUUCUUAGGGGAAUUCGCUGGGUUUUAAUGACUUGUUUCUCCUGCUCCUCUCUUCUCCCUAUCAGACCUGACCCCACACACACCUGU